AUGGCGCACCAAGGCCCCUCAUUUCUCCUGCCGCAGAACCGGAAGCUCCGCCAUCUGCGCGGCGUCUCGCUUCGCAACCUGACCUUUGCGCGGCCGCGUGGCCGCACGAUUGACGACAGCAGCAUCCAACGCUCCUCCGACACGCGCGAGCCCCUGCGCUUUCCCCCCUCCCUCGCCCAUGCCCACUCCAGCGACGACAUCCGGGUGGAUCGCGCCCGCGGCCGUCGCGUCACCCUGUCCGGCACCAGUGCCAAUGCCCGCCAGCGCAUCCUCGAACAGGCCCUCGAGCCCAACACGGCCGAUGCCUUUUUUUCCCUGCACCACCACGCCGCUGUCGAGCCGAUCUACGUCAGCGAGGUCGAGGACAAUGCCACGAACUUCAACUUCCGUCUCUUUGAUCUGACCGACGUCGACCCGCACGUCUCGCGCGGUGCGCGGCUGGUCGUCAAGGUCUGGGUCCGCCGCGCCGGCGUCUGGUACUUGCUGAUUGAAGACCACGUCGACCUACGCUGCCUCGGCUGCAUCGGCCCAUCGCUGCAGGGCAAGAGCCGCGGCCCCGGUGCGGCGACCAGCAGCACGGCCGGCACGGCCAUGCACUUCCCGCCCAACAGCAUCGUUUUCCAUCUGGUCGACGGGAUCUACAUGUUUGGCGUGGGUGCCGACGGCGAUGCAUCGUCACCGCUGCCACCACCGUCGAGGAAGCAGGCACCCCCGCUCUCGACGGCCUCCUACACGGCCCUGAUGCGGCUCGCCAACCUGGAGAACUCGCUGCAAGACGCGCUCGCAUCCCAGGUCCGUCUGGCCGUUCAGAUCGACGACCUGCUGCGACAGCUCAGUGACGCCGAGACCACCGCAGCGACGGCCGUGCCCGACGCCGAAGCACGCACCCGUCGGGUCCUCCGAGGCGCUGCCCACCAGCGGCGUGGCGCCGAGCUGGCUCGCCAGAAGCGUGAUGACAUCGGCCGGUCGUUGCGGGCGCGUCGUGCUGCCAUCGCCGCCGGCCGGGCGCUGCAGCAGACCGCGCUGGACGACAUUGAGCAUGCAGCCCGCAAACUGGCUGUGUCACGUGAGACGGCCUUGCAGACGGCCGACGACAUCCGCGGCCAGCGGCGUCGCGUGUGCGAAGAUCUGAUGCGUAUCUUCGCCAUCGAGCCGAUACCACCACCGCCGGACGGCCAGCAGCAGCUGCCACCGCCGCUGUCGUUCCAGAUCUGCGGCAUGGCGCUGCCCAACACCGAUUACGGCCCGGCACUGCUCUCGGGCAGCAGCGCGGGCGGCUUCGUGGCCGAGGAGGUGCUCUCGGCGGCUCUCGGCUUCGUUGCCGUGCUGGCCCAUGCGCUGCAGACGUACCUCGGCGUCGUGCUGCCAUACCGCAUCACGCCCUACGGAUCGCGCUCGGCCAUCCGGGACGACAUCAGCAAGAUCCCCGACCAGCAGCGCGACUUUCCCCUACACAUGCCACGAGGCGGCCUCGGCGCCCAGUACCGCUUUGACUACGCCUGGUUCCUCCUCAACAAGGACAUCGAGACGCUCUGCAGCGCCCAGGGCAUCCGCGUCGUCGACAUCCGCCACACCUUGCCAAACCUCAAAUAUCUCCUCUACGUCUGCAGUUCCGGCUCCAAGGAACUGCCCCAGCGCAAAAAAGGCGGCGUCCGUGGUUUGCGGGCAUUACAAAAGGCCGCUACCGAUGAUAGCAUCCCUAGGAAUCUGGCGGUUUCCGCAGAAGGAAAACAGCAACAGCAGCAGCUACCACAGGGCUGGGACGCCAGCAGCAACGGCAAGACUGCAGCUUCGCUGGCGCAGGCAGUCAGCCUGAACCUGCCGUUUUCCGACGACGGCGCAGUGCUCACGCUGCGGACAAAAGGCAUGCGCGAAAACGUGGACGGCCGAUUGUAA